UGUGUGAAUGUGGCAAUCGAGGUAGACUGGGAGGGGUAGAUAGACUGGCCGGACUGGGGUUUUUUUUUUUUUGGUCCUUUUUCUUUAUUUUUCCUUCUUUUGUACAACCAAGUAUUUACAGUUUAUAUUUAUCCACGGUUGUAAACUUAUUUGGAGGACAGGAAAGCAGGCCGUAGCUGCUUUUCUUUGGGACUAAUCGCUGUCGUUGUGAAAACAGUCCAGAAGAAAGAAGGAAAGGGAGAAACAACAUGGGGCGAUAAUAAAAAAAAAAUGUGUUGUUGUGGACCGACGAUGACUCUCUGGGAGGACCCGUGAAGCCUAUUUAUUUUUAUUUAUUCCCCCAUAUCCUUUCCCUUGUGUCCGCUUUUGUUUUAUUAUUUAAAAAAUUGUCCCCCCCUUGCUAGUUUGGAAAAUUUUUGAGGUAAGGCACGCUGCAAGAGGACUGAAGGAUGGAUCAAGCCGGCAUCCUGAGAAAGUUUAUCCAGGGGGUGAAGGCCAUGAGCGAAGGGGACGAGGAGAGGGGAGAGGACAACUUCGGCUGCGACUUCAUGCGGUUACGGCGAUUAUCAACUAAAUACCGUACAGAGAAGAUCUAUCCCACCAAUGUAGGAGAGAGGGAAGAGAAUGUCAAGAAGAACAGAUAUAAAGAUAUACUACCAUUUGACCACAGUAGAGUGAAGCUAACAUUGAAAACAGCCAAUCAGGACACAGAUUACAUCAAUGCAAACUUCAUCAAGGGUAUGGGUGGCCCAAAGGCCUACAUUGCAACUCAGGGUCCACUGCCAAACACUGUCAUUGAUUUCUGGAGGAUGAACUGGGAGUACAACGUAGCUGUUAUUGUAAUGGCUUGUCGAGAAUUUGAGAUGGGAAGGAAAAAGUGUGAGCGAUAUUUCCCACCACUCAGUGAGGAACCUCUGACUUUUGGUCAUUUCAAAAUCUCUUGUGAAUCAGAGCAGCGCAGAACAGACUACUUUAUCAGGACUUUGGUAGUCCAGCAUGACAAUGAAACUCGGAGGAUAACUCAGUUCCAUUACAUGAACUGGCCGGAUCAUGACGUCCCCUCAUCAUUUGACUCAAUACUGGACAUGAUCGGGCUAAUGAGAGAAUACCAAGGGAAUGAUGACGUCCCUAUAUGUGUACAUUGCAGUGCAGGCUGUGGGAGGACGGGUGCCAUCUGUGCUAUCGACUACACGUGGAAUCUCCUCAAAGCUGGAAAAAUUCCUGAGGAAUUUAACGUUUUCCGGUUGAUCCAAGAAAUGAGGACGCAGCGACACUCUGCUGUUCAAACAAAGGAGCAGUAUGAGUUAGUUCAUAAAGCAAUCGCGCAGCUCUUUGAGAAGCAACUGCUGCAGCUGGAGAGUCCCGCCAACACGCAGAUACAUGAUGGCAUGGAUGAAAGCAGUCCUGACAAAGCAAGCCACCAGUCAGAUGAUGAGAAAUGGGACGCUCCACCUCCAAAACCUCCCCGCGUACGCAGUUCCCAGGUAGAAGGCGAUGUUAAAGAGGAGAUUCUCCAGCCCCCUGAGGCUCAUCCUGUUCCCCCCAUUCUCACCCCAUCUCCUCCCUCAGCCUUCCCUACUGUCACCAACGUACGACAGGAGAAUGACCGCUACCAUCCCAAACCGGUCAUACAUGUCCUGUCUACAGCUCAGCACAACGUGAAGCAGAACAAAGAUGUGGACCAGCAUCAGAACCAGUCAGAACCCAGUGCAAUCAAAGAGACGAGUCCCUCUGAGCUGAAAGAGCAAGAUCUGCCAAGCCGCAAUCAGCAGACUCAGGUCUCAAACUUAGAUCUGAAUGACAACUACAACAACAAAUUGUCCUCAACGUCGACAAAGUCAGAAUCAGGCCAAAGCCAGACUCAGACCCCCUCGCCCAACUCCUCAGCUGUAGAUUGUUCUGGUGCUCCUCGGAUCGAGAGGAAGCUCAGCAUUGAGAUUAAAAAGGUGCCGCUGCAGGAAGGACCUCGUAGCUUUGACACGUCCUCCUCUGUGGGAGUAGCAGGCGGACAAGCCACCAGUUUGAGUAACAGCGGUUGCAUAUUGCACAGAGGCCACGCCUUCAAAGCUCGAUCCGGUCAGUCCCUGUUGACGUCUAGCUCCUCUCUGUCGGAGGACUCAGGCACAGAGGGAGGAUCAGGCGGAUGUGGGGACAGUCAUGCCGAUGGGGGGGUCCUCGCCAGACCAAACCACCUUCCUGUGAAGAGCGGAGAGAAGGGAGAGACUCAGGAAGACGACAGAAUGGACAUGAAGGCUGGCCACGCAGCGUGGACGCAGCACCGCAGCAGCCCCGAAAAACUAUUCCCCAAGACUUCUUCCUCCUCUUCCUCCUCAGACAGAGUUGCUCCAUCUUCAUCUUCCUCUUCCCACCUGUCCUCUUCCUCCUCUUCCUCCUCCUCAUCUUCCACUCCUGUUAGGACUGCCCUAAGUUUCACCAACCCCCUGCAUUCUGAUAACUCGGAUGAGGAGGGAAAUGGAGAGAUGCCUGGAGGAAAGGAGGGUUAUUGUAUAAAUGUAUCCACGGCGACAGCCAUGGUAACUGCAUCCUCUCAUCAUGAAUCCCAGCAGCUGGUCAGAAAGGUGUUGCCCAUGUCUAUUGCAGGCCAGAUCACUCCGUCACCCUCUUCAAUCACAGCAAACUGCUGGGACAGCGAUGGCUCCCCUCCCCCCCUCCCUGAGAGAACCCCUGAGUCCUUCAUACUGGCCACAGACCCUUUGGAAGUGAGAACGUCAUCCUCAGCUGAAUGGAGCAGUUCACAGAAAGAUGUGUCAGACUGUGUAAAAACAUCUCCAGCUGAUUCUUCAUCUGCUGGCUGCACAGCAACAAACAACCAAGCAGACUCGGGUGGGGUUCGGUAACCGCUGCAGUCAGCCCAAAGGCCCUCGACAACCCCCCUCAGGGUGGACAUGAUGGAUCGUUCCUUCUGCCCAUCCAUCAACCUCCUCCCUUAUCAGGAGGUGGACUACAGAUUUUACCUGGCUGGUCCAAAAAAAAGAAACAAAAAACAAGUUGCUCUACGCCGCUCAGAUGCACAUUUUUACAUAGAAGCUGCUUCUGUGUAACUCUGUGCUGACAUCCUCCUCUUCCUCCUCAGCCACCGUGCAAAGCUAAGGAACAGUGACGGGGCGAGAGACUUGUCCGUUUUGCUGAUGUUAGACAGUUUGACUUUCGUAGAUGCUGACCUGGGAUCAGGCUUUCCCUGACAAUGCUUAAAGGAUUUUUUUUUAAUUUGUUGUUUGAUGGUAGACUAAGAAUGGGCCCUGUUUUUCCUUUUUCACACUAAAUGAAGAGGGAUCGAAAAAUGACUUUUACACUUUGUUUCAAGCCAAAUGAGAAGAAGGAAGUAAUCAGAAAACAAUGCAGUGGGAGGCGGAUUCCUGAGGAUUGACAAAACUCCCAGAGGUUGUUUGCUGCCUCCCACUGAAUGAACAACAAUCUUCAAAGCGACUUCAGAUAAUCUGUUAUCCAUGAUGCAACCUUUUUAGUUGGAUAUGUGGAGGUUGCCAGGGUGCUCUCUGUGUUUCUUUAUAUUUCUGUCUCUCUUUGCCCCCCUUUCUGUAUGUUGUUGCUAUUUACAAAAGAUCAGCACUGAAACAGAAGCACUAGAGCUGACUGGUACCAACAUUCACCUGUUCUCACCUCCGCUGUGGCCCCCCUGUGGGAUUAUUACUCAUAUGUUGGCUAGCUCUAGUAUUUUGUUUCUGUGCUAUUUCUCAGAGUAAUAAGCUGACAUAGUUUGGUCAUUGCAGUGUUCAGAAAAUAUUUACUUGUUUGCUGUAUGUUGCGUAGCCAGAAGCUAGUUAGUUUGCACAGAUUGAAGCUUAGCUAAUUAGGUGCUAGUAGCUUUGACUUUUCACUGUGCAGACAUGAAUGGAAGCAGUAUUUUCUUGGAGUCAGAAAGAAAAUGAGUGUUUGCUUUAUAUAUCUACUGAUUCUGUGACAUUAACAAUCUUGGCAUAGUGUUGAAAUCUGUUGCUGAAAGCAGGGAUGGUAAAAAAUGAAAAAAAAGUUAAGAUGUUCAAGGAAAUGCAGAAGGCUGUUUAACCAAAGUGUGAUGUUCCCUUUCAAAGAAGAGUUUUUAAAAGGUCAGAAAAUGUCAAACAAGGCAGUAUUAAAAUCAGAACAGACAUUAUUUGUGUUUUACAUACAUAUUAGGGGGAAUUCUGAUAUUUUUACUACCUAUUUAGCAGAUUACUAAUGGCCAAACUGGUCAGCUGUAUGACUCUGGCUCUCACUGCUGGGACCAUGAGCCUGCCUUAGUCCACCUCUUACAGAAGAUAACCAUUGACAGUCCUUCAUUUGUCUACCCUUUCAUGUUUCUUGCUUCUCUUCUCUUAAUUUCUUGCUAAUCUUUGCUGUUUAUUUACCUUGUCUGUCUGUCAUUCCCCUCCUAUCAUCAAGGCCGUCAGUUGAACUUUUUUCUAUCAUAGCUUCUCCUGAAAAACCUCUAGUGUUUCGGAGUAUGAAUGUUACACCUGAAACGCUUGAAACCUGCAACUUGACCGAUAGAAAUAGAACCUCAAGCUCCUCUUCUAUAAAUCAGAAUAAUUUGGUUUCUCAUUGAACAGCUUGUUGUUUACCUGCUUCUGUGUGUGUGAGGCAACAAUCCAAUAAGACAACAGCAGCAAGGGACCCAGGACUACUGUUUUCUCUUUAUUUUUAACAUCUCCUUCAUUACUUAUAGCUACACAGUAUAUGCAUUUUUUAAGACAAAGAAGUGUACAGGGCAGUUUUGGUAAAUAAUAUUGCAAAUUUCUUUUUAUUACCUUAAAUAUUUCUGUUAACAGAAGAUGUAAGAAAGUCAGUGCAUGAUGAUCAUGAUUCCUCCUCUCUACACUAUGUUUUUCUCCAAAGUGUAAAUUAUUCUGCUACCCUUUUUGUUUUUGCUUCUGGCAAUAUUUCAGGGUUGUUUUUUUUAUUUUUGUUUAAACUAUAUGCUUAACAGAUUGAUAAGAUAUUGUUUAAUUGGCUGGCAGGAGAAAAGUAUUGACUGCCAGCUGGCCCACCUCUGAUGACUACAGUGGGCUCUGAAUAAGAUUGUAAUAAUAAUAUUGAGGAUAAUAAUAAUGGUCUUUUUUUUUGUUUUUGGUAAAUUGUAUUUUUAAAGUUAUUUUUUGUACAUGUUGUUUGUUGCAUCACAGAUUCACUGUCUUUCCUUCCCCACUCAGACCUUGACUAAUCUCACAUGCUCUCUUCACCUCUCCAUCGUUUGAGAUUUCUCUUUUUUUUUUUUUACUUUUUUUCUCUCUUUGCUCUUUCAAUGGAAAACAUGCAGCUGAGAUAAAGCAAAUAGUCUGUACAAGGAGAAGCAUUUUUUUUACCUCCUCUGCUGAUUUACAUCGUCCAUCUUCCUCCAUUCCCCACCUUUUCUCAGCCUUUUUAAUUUUUUCAAAAAGGUCCCAUUUUCAGCGCACGUUUGUACUAACAGAUUACUAACUUGUUGGCAGUUUUAACUUAAUCAUUUCUCAUUUUUUGUCUCCCCCCCCCCUUCACACACACACAUACACUCACUCAUGCAAGCCUCGAUCUCAGAAAAGCGCCUACUUGUGCCUUUAAGAGAGCCCUGCCCUCCUCCCCUCACCUUUCCACUGUCCCCCAAUCAUCAUUAGCAUCAUGAGCGAUGUGAUCUGCUGCUGCUUGCUCGUCACCUUCUGUAGGACUCUAACUCAGCUGUGCCCUCGGCCCCAUCCUAACGUCACACACAAACACACAAAAUGUUUGUAUGUUGCAGAAAUCAAUCAGUAAAGAUGAACAUUAAGUAAA